CCGAUCGCCAAAAUAUCCCCACCGCGACUUGACCCCGACCUCCUAUUCUCCACUCCGGUCGCAUUCCUACCAGGCCGUCAAGAUGGCGCUCGCUACGAAGACGCAGUCACAGAACAUCUUUGCCAAAAUAAAGGCAAAGCCCGCCAACAAAAUAUGUUUCGACUGCGGCGCAAAGAACCCAACAUGGAGCUCGGUGCCCUUUGGCAUCUACCUCUGCCUCGACUGCUCGUCGAAUCACCGCAACAUGGGUGUCCACAUCUCCUUUGUCCGCUCAACGAACCUCGACAGUACGACCACACCCGCCCCCGAACUGGCACAUGUGAAGAUGCAAUGCUGACCGGGACAGUCUGGCAAUGGGACCAGCUGCGAAUCAUGAAGGUUGGAGGAAACGAGAGUGCCACCAAGUACUUCCAAUCGCACGGCGGCUCUGCUGCACUCGCCAGCAAGGACCCCAAAGCCAAGUACACAAGCAACGCGGCAACAAAGUACAAGGAGGAGCUGCAAAGGCGAUGCGCUGCAGACGCAAAGCUCUACCCUGAAGAGGUUGUAAUCACAGAUGUACCAGAGGUUGCAGGCACCAGCGAAGGCAACACUCCCGCUGGGGAAGACGACGACUUCUUCUCCUCCUGGGACAAGCCAACCAACAAGCGGCCCUCGAACCCUCCCUCGCGAACCGGUACACCACGCGCCCAGUCACCGUUCCUCAAACCUGGCGGUGUCGCAGGCAACGGAGCAGACCGCCCCAAGUCGCCACUCGUGGCAGCCGAGAAUAGCACACCUGCGGCCGUAAAGCCUACAGUACGGAAGACUACAGCGGGCGCCGCGCCCAAGAAGAACAUCCUAGGUGCGAAGAAGAAGGGUCUGGGAGCUAAGAAGGUGGUGCCAGCUGAUGGAGGGCUGGACUUCGACGAGGCCGAGCGCAAGGCAAAGGAGGAAGCUGAGCGCAUCGAGAAGCUUGGAUACGACCCCGAUGCUGAGGCUGCUGAGACCGCUGCGGCAACGAAGCCCAAAGUCGCCGAAGCCUCGAAUAUCGCAGCGCCCACACCAGUGUCGCCAUCUCGUGGAGGAUUCGGCUCAACAGCGAAGCCAGACCGAUGGGACGCAGACACAGAGAGACUGGGCAUGGGCGUUGCACGCCUUGGUUUCGGCCAGGUUGGCGCUGCUAAGAAGGCGGCGCCAGCGAAGAAGAUGGGCGGCUUUGGUAGCGUCAGCAAGCCCACAGAAGAUGAUAGUGAGAAGUAUGCGCGCCAGAAGUUUGGCACCCAGAAGGGCAUAUCCAGCGACGAGUUCUUUGGGCGAAACAACUACGAUCCCGCGCAGAGUGCGCAAGCUAAGGAGCGACUCUCAGGCUUCGAAGGUGCAUCUGCCAUCUCUUCGAAUGCUUACUUCGGUCGCCCUGAAGAUGACAUCCCCGAGGAUGACUACGGUGAUCUCGAGGGCGCAGCCAAGGACUUCGUCCGCAAGUUUGGCAUCACUGCGGGCGACGACCUCGAGAACUUGUCCAACAUGCUGGGUGAGGGUGCAGGGAAAUUGCAGGGCGCUAUCCGCAACUACCUGAACUCGUAGAAGAGCGCCACCACGUUUAUGUUGGCAGAAGAAGACGAGCCGGACUGGUGUUCCAGCUUGGAUGAUGCGAGGGUGACCGAGCCUGAGCUCAACAUGGAGCCUUGGGAGAUCCUGCCUCCAUGAACUGCGGGUGCGGCUUAGGGAGGCAUCACGGUGGUUCGAUUCGGGAGGCGCUGAGGAUGAGGUCUUCAUACAGCAUGAGCGCAGAUUUGGCAGGCGAGAUGGCAGACAGUUUCCAGGAUAACAAAGCAAUCCAAUACCAUGGAUGACCAAUUCUGUUACGCGAG